UUUAAUAAUCCUUCUCAGGAUCUCCAUGGCCGGAUUGUUAAAGUGAAUUAUGCUCAUGAUAGAACAAGUGGAGGUGGCGGCUAUGGAGGAUAUGCUGGUAACUAUGGAGGUAAUAAUGGCAGCUAUGGAGGCGGUGGUGGUAACUAUGGAUGUAAUCUUGGCAAUUAUGGAGACCGUGAUGGUAACUAUGGAGGUAAUCUUGGCAAUUAUGGAGGCGGUGGCUAUGGAUCUAGCGGCAGCGCUUAUGUUGAGGGUUCAACUGCAAAUGCAGGUGCUGGUGGUGGUUGUAAUGGAAGUAGUGGUUAUGGUAGUGGCAAAACUUACGGUAGCAACAAUGGUGGAUUCUCUGGAGAAAACCCUGUUGCUAACGGCUCUCAGUUCGGUGGUGACAGUACUCAGUUUGGUGUUGGUGGAGGUAUGGAGAAAACUGAGAUGGAGAAUGGACCUGUGGGAGAUUUUGCAGAUGACACUGAUGUUGCCAAAAGAGCUUGAAGCAACUACCAAAAAAUGUUGUCAAGAAUUUUCUGAUUCAGUUUUAUUUG